AUGGAAUAUUUCUGGCGAUUUUCAAUUUAUUUAGAAAUAUUGGCUAUUAUUCCUCAAUUGAGUUUAAUAUAUAAACAAAGAACGAUUACUAAAACAAUGACAUAUUAUUUAGUUAUGUUAGGAUCUUAUCGAGUAUUUUAUAUUCUUAACUGGAUCUAUCGUUAUAAUAUGGAAUAUUAUUGGGAUCCGAUUUCUUUCUACUGUGGAUGUAUUCAAACAAUAAUAUAUAUUUAUUUUUUCAUUUGCAUUUAUCCACAAUUAAACAAUGAAAAUCAAUAUCAAUCAGUUGAUCUUACAAAAGAUAUUAUUAGUGCUGUUGAUACCAAAGAAAAUAUAAAUCAAAAGUCAACAUAUGAUAUACCUUUGAUUCAUAAUGUUGUUUAA